AUGGAGAAAAACUUUCCUCUGGUUAAUGGUACAACGUUUUGUACCUUUUAUUCAUAUUCAAGAAAGUCUUAUGUCAAAACAAUCGAAUUUUACAAUAAAUUUUUAAAGUUAAAGAUAUCUUCAGACUCUAUCUAUUACUGUACAUUGUCAAAUCCAGAUGUCACAUUGAAGGUGAUUCUAGAAGAGAAUGGACAAAAACAACAACAGAUAGAUAAACAAAUAGAAAAAUUAGAAUCAAAUGUCAGUGGUCAAGAUUGGAGAACAAUGGUUGCUAGAUCACUAGUAUUUUCCACUGACGACAUUCAUGAGAAUGAAAAGGCUUUAGUAUCUCUAAAGGCAAAAUAUAGACAUUAUCCAACCGAAUUAGUGCCAUUGAUCAUUUAUACUAUUGAUCCAUUAGGAAAUCUAGUUGCUGUCACGUCAACAAAGAAUUCAGUUAGUGCAAUCAGGAUAUUGCCACCAGAUUCUAUCCAUAUAGUUAAGCAAGCAAAAAUCACCUCAAUUAAUAACUUAAGCUCGAGGAUGAUUACAAGUGAUACCUAUCCAUCGCUGCCAAAGUAUGUGUUUAAUCACAAGAAAUCGAUUGCAGUAAUGACAUCAGGAGGCGACGCACCAGGAAUGAAUGCAAACGUCAGAUCCAUUGUAAGGUCAGCAAUAUUUAAGCACUGUCGAGCAUUUGUUAUUAUGGAAGGUUUUGCAGGUCUAGUCAAAGGUGGCCCUGAUUAUAUAAAAGAAUUCUUCUGGGAAGAUGUUCGUGGAUGGCUUGCUGAAGGUGGUACCAAUAUAGGUACUGCACGUUGUAAGGAAUUUCAAGAAAGAGCAGGCAGACUUCUUGGUGCUUUACAUUUGAUUGAGUUUGGGAUCGAUGCAUUGAUAGUGUGUGGAGGUGAUGGAUCGUUGACAGGCGCUGAUAUAUUUCGCUCAGAAUGGCCAUCCCUGGUACAAGAGCUGUAUCAAAACGAGAAAAUAACAAAGGCCCAAUUAGAUAAGUAUCAAUACUUAAAUGUAUGUGGUACGGUAGGUUCGAUUGAUAACGAUAUGUCUUCUACAGAUGCAACAAUUGGUGCAUAUUCUUCUUUGGACAGAAUAUGCACAGCCGUUGAUUAUGUUGAAGCAACUGCACUGUCACACUCAAGAGCAUUUGUCAUUGAAGUGAUGGGAAGAAAUUGUGGGUGGUUGGCAUUAUUAGCUGGUAUUUGUACAACUGCAGACUAUAUAUUUAUCCCAGAAAACCCUGAACCUCAUAAAGAAUGGAAAGAUAAAAUGUGUGAUAUAAUCAAAAAGCAUAGGUCAAAAGGUAAAAGGACGACAAUAAUUAUUGUUGCAGAGGGAGCUAUCGAUACAGAAUUGAAUUCUAUCAAAGCUUCUGAGAUCCAUAGAGCUCUCUGUGAUAAACUGGAUCUGGAUACUAGAAUUACUACCUUGGGUCACCUUCAAAGAGGUGGUAAAGCAGUUGCUUACGAUCGUAUAUUGGCAACUCUUCAAGGUGUAGAAGCUGUUAAUGCGGUGCUUGAAUCUACACCUGAUACCCCAUCGCCACUAAUUGCUAUCAGUGAAAAUAAAAUUAUCAGAAGAUCUUUAGUUGAUUCAGUUGUAUUGACAAAAAGUGUCGCAGAAGCAAUAAAAAAUAAAGACUUUAAGAAGGCAAUGUCACUUCGUGAUUGUGAGUUCAUUGAGCAUUUCAAUAACUUUAUGGCAAUUAACAGAGCUGACCACCAUGAGCCUAGACUUCCGCCAAGCAAAAGGUUAAAAAUAGCAAUAGUCAACAUAGGUGCUCCAGCUGGUGGCAUGAACGCUGCAGUAUUCUCGAUGGCAACAUUUUGUAUGUCUCAAGGCCAUAAACCCUAUGGUAUAUAUAAUGGGUUCACUGGAUUAGCUAGGCAUGAAAGUGUCAGAGCUUUGAAGUGGUUAGAUAUCUUAGGUUGGGAAUCGAGAGGUGGCUCAGAAAUGGGUACUAAUCGUGCCACUCCGAUUGAUGCUGAUAUUGGAAUGGUUGCAUACUACUUCCAGAAAUAUAGCUUUGACGGGUUAAUUCUUAUCGGUGGAUUUGAAGCUUUUACCUCACUUCAUCAACUAGAAAGAGCAAGAGACAGCUAUCCGGCAUUUAGAAUUCCAAUGGUACUUGUGCCAGCAACUCUAUCCAACAAUGUCCCAGGCACUGAAUAUUCCCUUGGUGCUGAUACAUCAUUAAAUUCCCUGGUGCAAUAUUGUGAUGUCAUUAAACAAUCAGCUUCAUCUACUAGAGAUAGGGUAUUUGUUGUAGACGUUCAAGGUGGAAAUUCAGGUUACUUGGCUACGUCUGCUGCAUUAAGUACUGGUGCUCAAGCUUCUUAUGUACCGGAAGAAGGCAUGAGUUUAGCACAAAUAUCCAGUGAUAUCAAUACCUUAAAGCAGUCAUUUCAGAAAGCUCAAGGUACAUCAAGAUCAGGAAAGCUUAUCUUAAAAACUACGAAUGCCUCGGAAGCAUUAAAUGCCAAAAAGUUGGCAGAUAUACUCACAGUUGAAGCAGAAGGGAAAUUUGAUGCAAAAUCAGCAUUACCAGGUCAUGUCCAACAAGGUGGUAACUCCUCGCCAAUUGAUCGAACUAGAGCAACAAGGCUAGCUAUUAAGGCAACUGUGUUUAUUGAAAAUAAUCAACAAAAGAUUAAAAGCGGCAGAGACUCUAACGAGGAAUUCGAAUUAGAUAAUGAAGAUUAUAUGGAAACUGCCUGUGUAUUAGGCAUAAUGGGAUCUCAAGUUGUUUUCACUCCCAUACAUCAGGCAUUUGAGUAUGAAACUGAAGUUGAAAGGAGAAUGCCAAAAAGAAUUCACUGGAGCGAAAUAAGAGCAAUUGCAGACCAUUUGGUCGGGAGGAAACGUGUAGAUGAUUUAUAA